UGCACGCCUUCCCGCACUCAUCCUGACACCGCCUCUCUAUUCGUGAUUCGGCCUGUGACGCUGUCCGGCAACGCCGCUCCGCAAGGUCUGAAUUUCGCCUCUUUUGGGCUCUCGAGGCCACUCGUCUGACCAGCACUCGGCUAGCACCUCUCCUAGAAGCAGCGUCUGGUCAUGGGCCUUGUAGACUAUGUCGACUCGCCCCCUGGCGACUCGCCUGUGCCCAAUCCUGUUCAGACGUCCCCGAAGGGACUGGAGAAAGGUUCAUCUCCGGCUGGUCAAGAGCAGAGCGGUCUUGCGGACGCAGUUGCAGCUGCGCCGACCCAGCAGGUCAAGACGGAAGAGCUGGAGGGCAAUGGUGUGCGCGAGGGACCGGCGACCGAUCGACGAGUAGGAAGGACGACGGAUGACCGAAGUCGAUCGAGCACCUUGACAGAUUCUGCUCCCAUCUCUCCUCGAGCUGCGGAGGAGCGCAAUGCGCUACACAUGCCAUCUGCUUCAACAUCCGCCACUGUCACAUUGAACAGGGAGCAGACGGACAGCAGCGUGCCGCAGCGAGAGAGGGGACAAUGCUCGCAUUUGAUGCCCGUCCUCGAUGCGGAUGGAAAGCGUAGGCUAGGCCACGAAGGGGGACCGGAAUUAGACGUGAUCACGGACAGGUACAGGAAGGGCAUACAGUGGGGAAGGAAGAUCAAGCGCAGAGAAGUCAAGACGGAUGCGGACGACGAGGAGAUAGCAAACGGGAAUAGCGAUGAUGAUUGGAGGGAUCAUGAGGAAGAGCGCAGGAGGGCCAAGCGUAGAAAGCUUCUUCCCCACCCUAAAUGUAGCGGGUGUCGAUCCGUGCUGCAUCGACCUUGGAUCUGCCUAUCUUGUGCCUUUCCAGCGUGUCACAUCGUCGUCAAUCGACAAGACUGUCUCAAUAGACACUUGUCAGCUGCGCAGCAUCCUUUCGCUAUGAACAUUCUGACGGGCGACCUACACUGCAAUGCCUGCGAAGAUACGGUGUAUGAUGCUCGCUUCGAUGGGAUCAGAGCUCAUGAGAUGGCGCGAGCACGGCGAGGGAGACGUGCGAUUCCACUCGGACCCUCCGGUGAGCCACCUCAUCCACCGAUAGCAUCGUGCAGAGUCCCUCGUGGCUUCAGGAAUCUGGGGGCGACUUGCUUCCUGAACGUUGUCCUUCAAUGUUUUCUCCACAAUCCUCUCCUACGCAACUUUUUCUUGUCGGACCGGCACAAUCCCGCUCUGUGUCCAGCGCAAGAGCAGUGCUUGGCGUGCGAGCUAGACAAGAUCUUCAAUGAGUUCUUCUCAUCCACCGAGGAAAGUCCUCCUUUGGCGCCGACAAGUUUUCUAUUCGUCAUCUACCUAUCCAAAUUUGGAGGGUCUAGCGAGCUGUCGAAUCCGGGUGAACAGGAUGCCCAUGAGCUCUUCAUCAGCGCCAUCUCCUCGAUACACUCCUCACUCAUGCUGGCAGGGGAAGGAGCACGUCCGGCUAUCCCAAAUUUUCCUCACGGCGAUCAUGCAGCCGGCAUCACAACUGCAAAGGACGAUGAGUCGGAGCACAGCUCCACCAUGUCGGACGACAUGAGGUGUCCAUGUGUGGUCCAUCGAGCCUUUUCAGGCGUAUUGCAAAGCGACGUGACUUGUAGUCAGUGUGGAUCCAGAUCGACCACUCGCGAUCUUUUCAUGGACUUGUCUCUUGACAUUCGAUCAGCACGUCAAAGGACCGAGAGCGCCUCUGCAGGCGCCCAAUCAGGGCUCGCAGAAGGUCAACCGGCCGAAGAAAAGCGCAAGUAUAACAAGAAGAAGCAGAAGGACGGGAAAGAUGCGCGAGAAGAGAGCGCAGCGGAAGAGGAACAGACACUAGAUGCUUGUUUGAGACGAUAUUGCGCAGCCGAGAAGCUUGGAAGGGAGUCGUACAGCUGCGCGAGCUGCGGUCAAGGAACACAAGCUUUCAAGCAGUUAUCGCUCAUGCGGCUGCCCCCAGUCCUUUGCUUCCAGCUCAAGCGUUUCGAGCACAACAUACAGGGAACCAAGCUCGAAACUCGUGUCCGAUUCCCAGUGCAUCUAGAUUUGCGAGAAUACACCACUAGUAAUGUCGGCACGGAGAUGCUGUCUUACGACGCAGACUCGUAUCUCUACACCCUCUUUGCCGUGGUCGUGCACACUGGCAAAAGCCUUCACUCAGGACACUACUAUUGCUACACUAGAUAUCACGAUCAGUGGUACAGAGCAAACGACGAUCGCGUGGUGCCGGUAAGCGCUCAGGAAGUCCUCUCCUGCACCGCUUAUCAGCUCCUCUACCAGCGCCAAAACCUCGAAAAUGUUCGGCCCGGACAUCGGUACGUUUACGAAGAGCCAGAGGCUUCGGAACGAACAGACGGGCCGAACGGUCCGGUUGCUGGGGAUUCUGUACCAGCGAUCAACGUGGAAUGAGGGAUGCCUGAUCUACACCUCAGAAGACUGGACUGCCGCAGCACAAUCGCACAAGCUGGGUAGUCCGAGCUCAAUGUGUCAUUUGGUGUUCGCUCUUCAAAUUGCUAUCGUAUAGAAAUACAACAAAGCAGUCGAGGUAUGCAAAGC